CGCCCAGCCUUGCCUACCAGAAUCCGUCAUUCCACCUCCUGGUGUUAGUUCUGCGGUUGCAAUGGCUCCCGCCGUCGCCUCUGCUGCCGGUGGCGUUGCUGUUCCGGCGUCUGUGCCGCACAUGCAGCCAAUGAUGUCGUAUCAGGCUCCCCCGACGUCUUUUCCUCCCUCGCUGCCCUCCGCUCUGGCCAGUACCGCACCGAUUCGGCGCCAUCCUCUCCGCCGGUACCUUGCUCUCCGCCCUCGUUGUCGGAUUCGUCGCCUUCUACGCCGCUCCGUUCUCCCUCGACCCCGCAUCCUUCGUCAGUGACGUGCUCUUCUACUUGACGGCAGCGAUGUUCCUCUUCUACGUGUAUCUUAGCGCGGAGAUCUUCCUGUGGCAGGCGAUUGGAUUCGUAGGGUUUUAUGCAUUCUUCGUUGGUCUCGUGUUCUAUAUGGACUUGGGAGUAGUUGAUGGCAGAGGCAAGAGUGGGAAUUCUUCCACAGAUCUUGAGGAGCAGAAGGAAUUAGUUGCGGUGCACGUUGACUCCGACGCCAAGGUUUCGGGAUCUAUGAACGAUGAGAAGCGCAGUUCUGGAUUUCCGGGAGCUUAUGGAUUGAUUUCUAAAGCAUGAGAGAUUCCUGUUGCAACUCUCAAACUGUCGAUCCCCGAGCCAGCACCGUCGCAAUGGAGCAGACAUCCGUAGUGUGAUUUCCUCUGUGCAUAGGGUUGCCAUGGCGAUUUCUCCAUCUGGUAUAAACCCGGCAGUUGGCUCAAAACUCUCUCCUGGUUCUCCAGAGGCUCUUACACUUGCCAACUGGAUCUGCUGCAGUUAUAGUUAUUAUUUGGGGGCAGAGUUGCUGAAAUCUGAUUCUCUCAUUAGUGAGUCAGUGCUUAAACAUUUGUGGCAUCAUCAGGAUGCCAUUUUGUGCUGUUCUUUGAAGUCGGUGCCGGUGUUUAUCUUUGCAAACCAGGCUGGCCUUGACAUGUUGGAAACAACUUUGGUGGCUUUAAAAGACAUCACAUGGGUAUUUAGAGGAAGUGCCUUGUAUUAACUCCAUCUUGUGAAGGCAGAGAAAGCUAGAAGAUACAUUCCAAAAGAAUUCAAAUAGGUUGAAGCUUUUGGGCUGCAGAGGCUUGGAUUGAUGUUGAAAGAGUUCAUACAAUUGCAUUAGGAGCCAAGAAGAACUAGUGUCAUGAUGAUCUAUCUUUUUUUUUUCCGGUUUUAAAUCAUGUUGUAAUUUUGCUUCAUUUUCAUCUUCAAUUGUAAUUUUGUAGGUUUGGUAAUAAAAAAGGAUUGAAAAUUUAUAGUGUAGUAAUGAAGAUCAAGUAAGGAAAAGAAAUUUUUUUUUUU